GUCUGUGACAGUCGCUGUAUACCCGACAUUUGACAGACUAUAAAAUUUUUCACACACUGAUUUCAGAUUUCAUGAGUUCGCCAACACAGCGCUACCAUCAUGCAGAAGGCGAUCCGCUUCAACGAAAACCAACUUCUCUACCUGGCAUCAAAAUCUAAGCGGGAAAAUAGCAUUGCUGGAUAUCUCCACAAGAAAAGUUCGGACACUGGGAAAUGGCAACUCAGAUAUUUCAUAUUGUAUCAGAAUUUAUUGUUUUACUUCGAGAGUGAGACUGCUGGUCGGCCGUCUGGAGUCGCUUUGCUGGAAGGCAGCUAUUGCGAUCGAGUCCUCACACCGGCCGCGCUGAAGGCCGGAAAGGACACCGAGAAACAGCUGAUGAACUGGGGAGGGUACCGCCUGGAGUUGAUGCAUGACCUCCAAGGACCUUAG